UGAUGCUCACUUGUCAGACUACCCUUCUCUGGACUAUCAAGGCCUCUACGUGACUUUGGUGACUCUCCUGGAUCUAGUUCCUUUACUACAGCAUGGCCAACAUGAUCUUGGACAGUCGAUAUUUUAUACAACUACAUGUUUGCUACCCUUUCUCAAUGACGAUAUUCUGAGUACUUUGCCCUACACGAUGAUAUCAACAUUAGCUACCUUUCCUCCAUUUCUGCACAAGGAUAUUAUUGAAUAUCUUAGCACAUCUUUUCUACCAAUGGCUAUAUUGGGAUCCUCAAGGAGAGAAGGUGUUCCUGCUCAUGUUAAUCUGUCUGCAUCAUCUAUGUUAAUGAUUGCAAUGCAAUACACAUCCAACCCAGUGUAUCAUUGUCAAUUAUUGGAAUGCCUCAUGAAAUAUAAGCAAGAAGUCUGGAAAGAUCUUUUGUAUGUGAUAGCCUAUGGGCCUUCACAAGUGAAACCUCCAGCUGUGCAAAUGCUGUUCCAUUACUGGCCCAAUUUAAAGCCUCCUGGGGCAAUAAGUGAAUACAGGGGCUUGCAGUACACAGCUUGGAAUCCUAUCCACUGCCAGCACAUUGAAUGCCACAAUGCAAUUAACAAGCCAGCUGUGAAGAUGUGUAUAGACCCUUCCCUGUCAGUGGCUCUGGGGGAUAAACCACCCCCAUUGUAUCUCUGUGAAGAAUGCAGCCAGAGGAUCGCGGGGGACCACAGUGAAUGGUUGAUUGAUGUUCUUCUGCCACAAGCUGAAAUAUCUGCUAUAUGUCAGAAGAAGAACUGCAGUUCUCACGUAAGAAGAGCGGUUGUCACCUGCUUUUCAGCAGGGUGCUGUGGCCGUCAUGGGAACAGGCCUGUUCGGUACUGCAAAAGAUGCCACUCGAAUCAUCAUAGCAAUGAGGUGGGGGCCGCCUCAGAGACCCACCUAUAUCAGACCUCCCCUCCACCAAUCAACACUCGGGAAUGUGGCGCUGAGGAGCUUGUUUGCGCAGUGGAGGCUGUGAUCAGCUUGUUGAAAGAAGCCGAGUUCCAUGCUGAGCAGCGCGAAUAUGAACUGAACCGCCGUAGGCAGCUGGGCCUUUCAUCUUCCCACCAUUCCCUGGAUAACACUGACUUUGACAACAAGGAUGACGAUAAACAUGACCAGAGGCUUCUCAGUCAAUUUGGGAUAUGGUUUUUAGUGAGCCUCUGCACGCCUAGUGAGAACACGCCUACAGAAAGCUUGGCCAGGCUGGUGGCCAUGGUGUUUCAGUGGUUUCACUCCACAGCAUAUAUGAUGGAUGACGAAGUUGGAAGUUUGGUGGAAAAAUUGAAGCCUCAGUUUGUCACCAAGUGGUUGAAGACAGUAUGUGAUGUUCGCUUUGAUGUCAUGGUCAUGUGCCUUCUUCCCAAACCAAUGGAAUUCGCCAGGGUUGGUGGAUACUGGGAUAAAUCCUGCAGCACAGUGACUCAGUUGAAGGAAGGUCUCAACCGAAUCCUCUGCCUGAUACCCUACAAUGUGAUCACUCAAUCUGUGUGGGAGUGUAUUAUGCCCGAGUGGCUGGAAGCCAUCAGAACAGAAGUCCCAGAUAACCAGUUAAAAGAAUUCAGGGAAGUAUUAAGCAAAAUGUUUGACAUUGAGCUCUGUCCUCUACCUUUUUCAUUGGAAGAAAUGUUUGGCUUUAUUAGUUGUCGGUUCACAGGAUACCCUUCCUCUGUGCAGGAGCAAGCUUUACUGUGGCUUCAUGUGUUAUCGGAGUUAGACAUCAUGGUUCCACUUCAACUAUUGAUAAGUAUGUUUUCUGAUGGAGUUAAUUCUGUUAAAGAACUGGCAAAUCAAAGAAAAUCAAGAGUCAGUGAACUGGCAGGGAACCUUGCAGCUCGAAGGGUGAGUGUUGCCUCCGAUCCUGGCCGACGAGUUCAGCACAAUAUGCUGAGUCCAUUUCAUAGUCCUUUCCAGAGUCCAUUUCGGAGUCCUAUGCGUAGUCCAUUUCGUAGCCCUUUCAAGAAUUUUGGACACCCAGGCGGAAGGACUAUUGACUUUGAUUGUGAAGAUGAUGAAAUGAAUCUAAAUUGUUUCAUCCUCAUGUUUGAUCUUCUCCUGAAGCAGAUGGAGUUGCAAGAUGAUGGGAUCACAAUGGGUUUAGAGCACAGCUUAUCAAAGGACAUUAUUUCCAUUAUAAACAAUGUCUUCCAAGCCCCCUGGGGGGGCUCCCACACCUGCCAGAAGGAAGAAAAAGCAAUUGAGUGUAACUUAUGUCAGUCUAGUAUUCUCUGCUAUCAGCUUGCUUGUGAACUCCUGGAGAGACUGGCUCCUAAAGAAGAAAGCCGGCUGGUGGAGCCCACAGACAGUCUUGAGGAUAGCCUCCUUUCUUCCAGACCAGACUUCAUUAUAGGCCCUGAAGGUGAGGAGGAGGAGAAUCCAGCAACCAAGCAUGGGGAGAACCCAGGCAACUGCACUGAGCCCAUGGAACAUGCUGCAAUAAAGAAUGACACUGAGAGAAAGUUUUGCUACCAACAGCUUCCAGUAACUUUGAGGCUAAUAUACACCAUUUUCCAGGAAAUGGCGAAGUUUGAAGAGCCAGACAUUCUUUUUAAUAUGCUCAAUUGCCUGAAGAUUCUCUGUCUACAUGGAGAGUGUUUAUACAUUGCUAGAAAAGACCACCCUCAAUUUUUAGCCUACAUUCAGGAUCAUAUGUUGAUUGCAAGCCUGUGGAGAGUCGUCAAAUCUGAGUUCUCCCAACUUUCUUCAUUGGCAGUCCCUCUGCUUCUCCAUGCUUUGUCACUUCCUCAUGGUGCUGACAUCUUCUGGACAAUCAUAAAUGGCAAUUUCAACAGCAAAGACUGGAAGAUGAGGUUUGAAGCAGUGGAAAAAGUGGCUGUGAUUUGUAGAUUUUUGGACAUUCACUCAGUGACCAAAAACCACCUGCUGAAGUAUUCCUUGGCACAUGCCUUCUGCUGCUUUCUCACAGCUGUGGAAGAUGUCAACCCAGCAGUGGCUACCAGGGCCGGUCUCCUGCUUGACACCAUAAAGAGGCCAGCAUUGCAGGGCCUGUGUCUCUGUCUUGAUUUCCAGUUUGAUACUGUGGUUAAAGAUCGACCCACAAUACUGAGCAAGCUUUUACUCUUGCAUUUUCUUAAGCAAGAUAUUCCUGCCUUGAGCUGGGAGUUCUUUGUCAACAGAUUUGAGACACUUUCUUUGGAAGCUCAGCUACAUUUGGAUUGUAACAAAGAAUUUCCUUUUCCUACAACUAUCACUGCUGUAAGGACUAACGUCGCUAACCUCAGUGAUGCAGCGCUGUGGAAGAUCAAGAGGGCUCGUUUUGCGAGGAACCGUCAGAAGAGUGUGCGUUCUCUGAGAGACAGCGUGAAGGGGCCUGUGGAAUCCAAGAGGGCACUCUCUCUUCCUGAGACCUUGACCUCCAAAAUUCCUAUGAGGUUGACCAGGCAUGAGCAGUCUGCUCCAGCUCUCGGUGGGACACCUGAACAGACACCAGGACAACAAUCUCCUGAGAAUGACAACACCAUCAAGGACUUGCUCCCAGAAGAUGCUGGGAUCGACCACCAGACAGUUCACCAGCUGAUUACAGUGCUCAUGAAGUUCAUGGCGAAGGAUGAGAGCAGUGCCGAAUCAGACAUCAGCAGUGCGAAGGCCUUCAACACAGUCAAGCGGCACCUGUAUGUCUUACUCGGCUAUGACCAACAGGAAGGUUGCUUCAUGAUUGCACCACAAAAAAUGCGCCUGUCAACUUGCUUUAAUGCAUUUAUUGCCGGAAUUGCCCAAGUAAUGGACUAUAACAUUAACUUAGGAAAACACCUUCUCCCUCUGGUGGUUCAGGUGCUCAAAUACUGCUCUUGUCCUCAACUGCGCCAUUAUUUCCAGCAGCCUCCUCGUUGUUCUCUCUGGUCCCUAAAACCUCAUAUCCGGCAGAUGUGGUUGAAGGCCUUGCUUGUCAUCCUUUACAAGUAUCCAUAUCGAGACUGUGAUAUCAGCAAGGUCCUGCUGCAUCUGAUUCACAUCACAGUCAAUACACUCAAUGCACAGUAUCAUAGCUGCAAGCCACAUGCCACGGCAGGACCUUUGUACAGUGACAACAGUAACAUAAGCAGAUACAGCGAAAAAGAAAAAGAAGAAGAUAGUGUUUUUGAUGAAUCUGAUAUUCAUGAUACACCUACUGGACCCUGCAAUAAAGAGUCUCAAACUUUUUUUGCAAGAUUGAAAAGGAUAGGCGGCAGCAAAAUGGUGAAAUAUCAGCCGGUUGAGAUGAAUGUUCAGAGAAGUGAAAUAGAAUUGGCCGAAUAUAGAGAAACGGGUGCAUUACAAGACAGCAUUCUACACUGUGUGAGAGAAGAAAGCAUUCAGAAAAAAAAGCUGCGCUCUUUAAAACAAAAAUCUCUUGAUAUAGGGAAUGCAGACUCCCUCUUGUUUACAUUAGACGAGCACCGGAGGAAGUCCUGCAUAGACCGGUGCGACAUAGAUAAGCCUCCUGCCCAUGCUGCUUAUGUCAUGCAAAGGCAUGACCAUGGUCGCCCCAGGCAGAAUUCGGCUACGAGGCCUGACGACACUGAAGGCCCCGAGAACCCAGCAAUGGAAAGCUUCCAAGAGACUCGCAGGCCUGUCAUACCCGAAGUUAGGUUAAACUGCAUGGAGACGUUUGAGGUCAAAGUAGAUUCUCCUCUUAAGCCUGCUCCGAAAGAGGAUUUAGACCUGAUAGAUUUGUCCUCUGACUCAACAUCUGGACCUGAAAAGUGCUCGGUGCUGUCCACGUCCGACAGCGACUCUCUUGUGUUCGAGCCUCUUCCCCCUCUCCGCAUUGUAGAGAGCGACGAGGAAGAGGAGACCAUGGACCAGGGAACUGAUGGUGCCUCCGGUCAAAACGCUGCCUCCUCCCCCUCCGCCCCCAGCCCCCACUCUGUCCUCAGCUUCAGCACAGCCCCGCUCGUGCAAGUAAGUGUGGAGGAUUGUUCCAAAGACUUCUCUUCCAAGGACUCAGGAAAUAACCAGUCAGCAGGUGCCACGGACUCUGAAGAACUUUCGAAGCCGGAGGAACCACAGGACCUUUCCUGUGGCAGCCCACUCACGCUCAAACAAAAGCGAGACCUCCUUCAGAAGUCCUAUGCUCUCCCUGAGGUGUCCCUGGACGACAACCCCGAGCCCAGCAUCGGGGAGGAGAAGCCCCGUGAGCUGAUGCCAAGUUCAGGGACGAAAACCGUCCUUCUCAAAGUCCCCGAGGAUACCGAGAACCCAACAGAAAGUGAGAAGCCCGACACCAGUGCCGAGUCGGACACAGAGCAGAAUCCUGAGAGGAAGGCAGAAGAGGAGGGAGCUGAGGAAUCUGAGUUCAAGAUCCAGAUUGUUCCCAGGCAGAGGAAACAGAGGAAGAUUGCUGUCAGUGCCAUCCAGAGAGAGUACCUAGACAUCUCCUUCAACAUUCUAGACAAGCUGGGAGAGCAGAAAGAUCCAGAUCCCUCUACUAAAGGACUUUCAACUUUGGAAAUGCCACGAGAAUCCUCAUCUGCCCCCACAUUAGAAGCAGGUGUGCCAGAAACAAGCAGCCAUUCCUCAAUAUCAACUCAGUAUAGGCAGAUGAAAAGGGGAUCCCUGGGAGCUCUGACAAUGAGCCAGUUAAUGAAGCGACAGCUGGAACAUCAGUCUAGCGCCCCCCAUAACAUCAGCAGCUGGGACACUGAACAGAUACAGCCUGGGAAACGCCAGUGCAAUGUGCCAAUGUGCCUAAACCCUGACCUGGAGGGACAGCCAUUGAGAAUGAGAGGCGCCACGAAAUCCAGCCUGCUGUCAGCACCCAGCAUUGUCAGUAUGUUUGUGCCAGCACCCGAGGAAUUCACAGAUGAGCAGCCGACAGUGAUGACAGACAAAUGCCAUGACUGUGGGGCCAUUCUUGAAGAAUAUGAUGAGGAAACCCUUGGGCUUGCCAUUGUGGUUCUCUCCACAUUCAUUCACUUAAGCCCAGAUCUGGCAGCCCCGCUGUUGCUGGAUAUAAUGCAAUCUGUGGGAAGGUUGGCAUCCAGCACUACUUUUUCUAAUCAAGCAGAAAGCAUGAUGGUUCCUGGCAACGCUGCAGGGGUGGCCAAGCAGUUCCUCCGCUGCAUCUUCCAUCAGCUGGCACCCAAUGGCAUCUUCCCGCAGCUGUUCCAGAGCACUAUCAAAGAUGGGACUUUUUUACGGACCUUAGCCACCUCUCUGAUGGACUUCAAUGAACUGAGCUCUAUUGCUGCUCUCAGUCAGCUCUUGGAGGGUCUAAAUAACAAAAAGAAUUUACCAGCAGGGGGUGCUAUGAUACGCUGUUUGGAAAACAUUGCUACCUUCAUGGAAGCUCUGCCCAUGGAUUCUCCUAGCAGCCUCUGGACCACGAUCAGCAACCAGUUUCAGACAUUUUUUGCCAAGCUGCCUUGUGUUUUGCCUCUGAAGUGUUCUUUAGAUUCCAGUUUGAGAAUUAUGAUUUGCCUCUUGAAGAUACCCUCUACCAAUGCCACAAGGAGUCUGCUGGAGCCAUUUUCAAAACUGCUCAGCUUUGUAAUUCAGAACGCCGUCUUCACUCUGGCCUACCUAGUGGAGGUGUGUGGUCUGUGUUACCGAGCUUUCACAAAGGAGCGGGAUAAAUUCUACUUGUCUCGUGGUGUUGUUCUGGAACUCCUGCAGGCCCUGAAGCUCAAGUCCCCUUUACCAGAUACAAACCUCCUCCUGCUUGUCCAGUUUAUUUGUGCAGAUGCUGGAACCAAACUAGCGGAGUCAACAAUCCUGAGCAAGCAGAUGAUUGCCUCUGUACCUGGAUGUGGGACGGCUGCGAUGGAGUGUGUGCGGCAGUACAUCAACGAAGUGCUGGACUUCAUGGCAGACAUGCACACGCUCACCAAACUGAAGAGCCACAUGAAGACAUGUUCCCAGCCUCUGCAUGAAGAUACCUUUGGUGGACAUCUCAAAGUUGGCCUGGCUCAGAUUGCAGCCAUGGAAAUCUCACGGGGCAACCACAGAGAUAACAAAGCUGUGAUUCGCUAUCUGCCGUGGCUCUAUCAUCCCCCUUCUGCAAUGCAGCAAGGGCCAAAAGAAUUCAUCGAGUGUGUCUCCCGCAUCCGUCUGCUGUCCUGGCUGCUCUUGGGCUCCCUCACUCAUAAUGCAGUGUGUCCAAAUGCCUCCUCUCCGUGCCUGCCCAUACCUCUGGAUGCAGGCUCUCAUAUCGCAGACCAUCUUAUUGUUAUUCUGAUUGGAUUUCCAGAGCAAUCAAAGACCUCCGUGCUCCACAUGUGCUCUCUCUUCCACGCAUUUAUCUUUGCUCAGCUCUGGACCGUAUAUUGCGAACAAAGUGCCGUAGCUACAAACGUCCAAAGUCAGAAUGAAUUCAGCUUCACAGCGAUACUUACCGCGCUAGAGUUUUGGAGCAGGGUAACGCCCAGCAUCCUCCAGCUCAUGGCCCAUAACAAAGUGAUGGUAGAAAUGGUGUGUCUCCAUGUGAUUAGUUUAAUGGAGGCAUUGCAAGAAUGCAAUUCAACAAUUUUUGUCAAGCUCAUACCUAUGUGGUUGCCAAUGAUUCAGUCAAAUAUCAAGCACUUAUCUGCGGGACUCCAGCUUCGCCUCCAGGCCAUUCAGAACAACGUGAACCAUCACAGCCUAAGGACGCCCCCAGGCUCGGCCCCGAGCAGCGCCGGCCUGGCAGCCCUCCGCAAGUGGCUGCAGUGCACUCAGUUCAAAAUGGCCCAGGUGGAGAUCCAGUCCUCAGAUGCGGCCUCCCAAUUUUAUCCUCUAUGAGUGGACUCCUCGGCUCUCAGUGUCAACACUCUGGUUUAGCAAUAAUGGGUUUCAAAACAAAAACAAUUUGAUCCAAGCAGGUUGGGGAACAUAUUGGUACUGUACAUUCUCUUUCUAGUUUAGUAAAAAGACGUGCAAAGGCCGGAGAGGGCCAAAAUGAAGCUUUCUUGCUACACAUAUUUCUGAUGACUCCUUGGGCUAUCUGAUUAAGUGUUUCCUUACAUUAUUUUUUAAAAACCAAAUCAUUUUUCUUUAACUAACUUCUAUUUUUUUUAAGAAAAAAAAAAUAGACUGGUGGGUACUCACAGAAAAGUUGUAUAAGUCCCCCUGUUGCUAUUUUUGAUGAUAGAGAAUAAAUAGGGUUUUUGAAACCUUUGUAGUGUUUUUUCUUAAAAUCCACUCUUGGCAAUGCAAUAAAAAAAAAAACCCGUCACCAUAAGCCAGUGACACUUGACUGAAGCUUUUUGUCAUUAUCCUGGGAAAAAGUGGCAGCUUGCAAGGACCAUUACAAAGUGCACUUAGAAAUUAGGUGGUUAAACUGUGCCAAUUGUUUUCUUUGUUUUAUAAUAUCAUUUUCCAAAACUGUCCAGUAAGUUUUAUUAUUUUUAAAACUAAUUUUUCAACUCAUUAGUUCUAGGCUGUACUUUUCUUGUAAGCUUUAUGAUAACUACUUUAGUUUUGUGAAUAAUAAAUUUUAUUCUUUUGUUAACACUUGUAUACAAUUCAAUUUAAAACUGUAGAUUGCAUACUGGACCAGACGAUUCCCCACGCUGGCACAGAGCACUGCACCCGGAGUUAUGUUUCAUAAAAUGGAAUUUUAAUAGUGUAAGAGCACCAAGAUUUAUCAGCACUUCUACUUAGCAUUUGACUGUGCAUUCACAAAUGAUAUUUCUCUUCUCUAUCCCUGUAAUGCACUGA